AUGUUCAGCAUGCGGUUUCGAGCGUGGCGCCAGGCGUGGGCCCAGUUGCCACCGCAUGGCCCGCGACGGGCAGCCAGCCCACAGGGCGCGACGUGGCGGGCCGGAACCCACUCAUUGGGUCAGAUCUGCGUAGUCGUUUUUUUUUUUUUUUUGGGGGUGGAGGGGUAUGACGCGCUGCGGCGUUUGCCCUGCGUGGCGGAAGCAUAUGCCUCACGCUCCACCGCUGCCGCCCCGCCCGCUGUGGGCAGGGGCCCUUUUUCGCAGCUCCACGUGGCGGCGACGGGCCUUUUUGACGAUGUUGGCUGGCGCACCGGCCAGCGAAUCAAUUUGCAAGCAUCAAGGAAAAGGGGGCAUGCUGAAGUUUUUCUGGAAGUUGGCUGCGAAGGGGAGAAACCCGCCGGCGAAGGACACACAGUACGCGGCAAUCCGUCACUUCCCGGGUGGGAUGCGGGAGGCCAAUGGAAGGUGAUUUCGCAAGGCGGUGGAAAAACAGGGAAUUAA